UUCAUCAUCCACUUCCUCUUUCCCCUCUUCCUCCUCUUCGCUUUGGGGUUUUAGCGGGCGACCAGAUCGAUAAAGCGAAGGGAGGUCGAGGAGGAGGCCGGCGGCGAUCGAUCUACCGAGCGACGGAUCGAGGUCUGGAUUCGGAUUUUUUUAUAUGUAUAUGUCGUCUGGUGCCCUCGAUCUAUUUUUGCUCGUCGCCGGAAAAUUUCCAAAUUUGAAUCGGAAGCGCCUCGAUCACUCUCUUCUCAUUCGAACAACGACGGAGGGAUCGAAGAAGACGGAUUCGAUGCGACAUACUAGAGUUGGUUUUGGAGUGAAGUAUUUUGGAUUUAAGCAUAUAGAUCUCUGUUGUUCUUCAGAGGAGCACUGAUUUGACUAAGAGAUAACGAGAAAAGAAAACAAAACCCCACAGUUUUGCUUGCAUUUUUUCCCUUUUUUGUUUUGUUGGAGCUCAGUUUUGGGAUCGAGACAGAUGACUGUGCUUCAGUACUACCCACUCGGGACGAACCGAGAGAAGAUCACUAAGAAGAGAGUCAAGAAGCAGCAAGUCGAUCGAUUGGAUUCGAGUUCGCAUCUCGAUUCGAAACUGCACGCGAGAACAAUCCGCAUCGUGUUUGAUGACGCCGAAGCUACCGAAUCGAGCGAGGGCGAAGGCGUGAGCUACUCCUGGCGCAAGAAGAGGGCGAUUCACGAGUUCACGGUGCCUUCACCGUCCCUCUCUGCCGUUUCUCCAGCGUUACCGCGAGAGAGGAUCGGGAGGAAUCGCAGAGCCCCCAAAACCCUGAGCAGGCACAAGGACAAAGCACACAGCUCCGCGACCUCGUCGUUGGCCACCAGGUUUAGGGGGGUGAGGCAGCGGCCGUGGGGGAAGUGGGCUGCGGAGAUCCGCGACCCCAUCCGCGGCGCCAGGCUCUGGCUCGGCACCUACGACACCGCCGAGGCCGCCGCCGCGGCCUACGCGGCAGCAGCCCGCCGCUUCAAAGCUGAAAAAUCGAAGAACCAACCCGCCGCAGCUUCUUCCGCCACCAUCUCCUCAUCCUCCGCCUUGAUGACGCCCUCCGACGCAGCCAAGGGGCCGCCAUCCCCCUCCUCCAUUCUCGACCUCAACCAGUCAACCGCCGCCGCCGCUGCGGUGGAGCAGUCCAUUGCAGACUUCUUUCUGGAGCACGAGCUGCUUGUGCUUGAGGCAGACUCUGCCUUCGAUCCAAACCUGUUCCUUAUGGGCCAUAUCGACUCCGAGCUCUUGGAAGACGACGACUUCCCUAGUCUCCAUACUCUCUCCCAAUGGACGGACUUCGAAUCAAUUGGAGUUGAAAAUUUUGCAGCAUAGUUUCUGCUAUUCGCCAUUACUGCAACUCUACAGGUACUGAUUAUACUAUCUGCUAUAUCACAAGACGAUCAAAAAGAAUAAGCAUGCUAUCGAAAUAAAGAGUUGGGUGAAGAGUUCUCGGGCCUUCUAAAAUCUGAAAAUUUGCAGUGUUUGUAAAGAGUUCUUGGGAUUUUUCCCAAGAACUCGAGGCAUUUCCUUUGUCGUUAGCACUUAGCACCUAACCAUGUCGGCUGCUAGUCUAUCUUUUGACGUGUUUUUGCGUAAUAUUUUGAAUUCAUUAGGCUGCUUUUAUUGCCAUGGAAACAGUGUUAUUGGUAAGAACAAGAUCUUCGUUAUUCAGUUUGUUGACCAGUGUCACUUUUUCUUUGUCA